AUGGAAUUCUUGAAAUUCUUCAGAUUGGAAGUGAAUGGCACCAUGGUGACAGUGGCUCUGGUACUGGUCCUCCUAGCCCUUCUGAAAUGGUAUUCUACUUCUGCAUUUUCCAGCCUUGAGAAAGUGGGCAUUAGACACCCUAAGCCUCUUCCUUUUAUUGGUAACUUGACCUUCUUCAGACAGGGUUUUUGGGAGAGCCAUACAGAACUGAUAAAGACAUAUGGACCACUGUGCGGGUACUAUCUCGGCCGUCGGAUGUACAUUGUAGUGUAUGAACCACAAAUGAUCAAGGAGGUUUUGGUGAAGAACUUUGGCAACUUCACCAACAGAAUGAUGUCAGGGUUGGAGACCAAGCCAAUUGCUGACAGCAUCCUAUUUUUGAGGAACAAGAGAUGGGAAGAGGUCAGAAGUACGCUGACUCCUGCUUUUAGUCCUAAAAAGCUGGAUGAGGUGAUUCCCUUAAUCAGCCAAGCCUGUGAUCUUCUAUUGACUCACUUGAAGCCUUAUGCAGAGUCUGGGGAAGCUUUUGAUAUCCAGAGGAGCUACGGCUGUUACACUCUGGACGUGGUUGCCAGCGUGGCCUUUGGAUUCCAAGUGGACUCUCAGAAGACCCCGGAGGAUCCUUUUGUGAAGCACUGCAGACGUUUCUUUCAAUUCUCCAUUCCUAAAUUUGUUCUCAUUUUAAUUUUGGCAUUUCCGUCCAUUAUGAUCCCACUGGCCCGAGUUCUGCCCAACAAGAACAGAGAUGAACUGAGUGCCUUUUUUAAUAAUGUCGUCAGGAAUGUGAUCACUCUCCGAGACAAGCAAGCUGAAGAGGAGAGACGAAGAGAUUUCCUCCAGAUACUCCUAGAUGCCCGUGGUUCUCCUUUCUCUGCUGAUGUCAGACAGAGUGCUCAGAAUGGAGACUCUUCCGUCCACCAAGCCACCUCCAGAGUGCUGCAAAAGACCUUGACUACAGAUGAAAUUGUGGGACAAGCCUUCAUCUUUCUAAUUGCUGGAUAUGAAACCAUCACCAAUACUCUCUCCUUUGCCACCUAUCUGUUGGCUACCAACUCUGAGUGCCAGGAGAAGCUCCUGAGAGAGGUGGAUAAAUUCAGUGAGAGAAACGCUGUCCCAAAGUUCUGCACGCUGGAAGAAGAAUUACCCUACCUGGAUAUGGUGAUUGCAGAGACCUUGAGGAUGUAUCCACCAGCUUUUAGGUUCACACGGGAAACAGCAAAAGACUGUGACGUGAUGGGCCUCCAUAUUCCAGCGGGGGCUAUUGUGGAAACGGCUGUUGGCUAUCUGCACCACAAUCCAGAAUACUGGCCAAAUCCAGAGACGUUUAUCCCAGAGAGGUUUAGCCUGGAGGCGAGACAGCAGCAUCUGCCCUUCACGUACCUGCCAUUUGGGGCUGGUCCUCGCAGCUGCAUUGGCGUGAAGAUGGCGAUGCUGGAGAUCAAGAUGACUUUGCUCCGGCUUCUCCAGAAGUUCAGGUUUGAAAUCUGCCCUGAGACCCAGGUGCCCCUGCAACUGAAAUCUAGAUCUGCCCUAGGACCCCGAAAUGGAGUCUACAUUAAGAUUGUAUCCCGCUGAAAAAGAACUGUGCCCCUCUCUACCUUCUGUUUUUCUAAACAGGAAAUUUUCUCAGCUAAAGUCCUUCUCAUCCCCGGAACUCAGUAUCCCAGGAAUACUCCUAAUUGAAAGAAACUCACUGUAUGGAUAUCUAACUUACGAAAAGAUACAUUAUAAAAAUAUAUUCUGUGGCUACUUCAUAUGCCCAUAUAAGAAAUGAAAAAUAUGAUGCCGUGUCACCA